AUGAUCAUCACACGCGCUCUAUCCAUCACCAACUUUGUUGUCGCCAGCUCGGCGCUCAGCUUCCAGGUUGGCGUGCUAUACCCGUGGCACAAGCAGCUGGAUGACGAUUUUGAAGCACUCAAGAGAGAGCAUCUUCGCGUCCUGACAGCCGUCGAGGGCAAGGUCGGCCGAACACAAGAACCUGCUCUUCUCCAAGAGAACCGACCGGGAAUUCUCAGCAUGAUCGGAAACUUGGCGCCGUGGAAAGCCUGA